UAUAUAUAUGUGCGCCCGUUAACUUUCCGGGCCAAAAUUUGAUAUUUCGGUUGACUUUCCGGGAUGUUGUUGAUUUUCCGGGAAGGCCAGGAAAGUGUACAUAAGUAUUUUGACUUUCCGGGCAUGCCCGGAAAUAAUUUAUACUAAUUCCGGGACUGCCCGGAAUAUGUACAAAUUAUUUCCGGGCAUGCCCGAAAAUUAUUUAUAUAUAUUCCGGGACUGCCUGGAAAUUGUAGCAAAACUGUUGCUUUUUCAUUGCAAACUUCAAUCCCUGUUUGAAAAUUAAUUGACUACUGUUAAUAAUUAAUCAUAAUAUUAUCAGAAGUGUACCUACUUAGAAGAAAAAAAAUUUUGUUAGCAAAGAGAAAUGUCUAAACAUUUAGGUUUAGAGUGGGAUUCUACGUUAUAUAAAAAACUUUUAUUAGGCUUGAAAAAAUAUCAAGCUGAUUCAACUGCAAAAAUAAGUGAUGUGCUAAAAUAUAAGUUAAAGGAAAUAUCUCAAGAAAUUUACCCUGUGUAUGGAAAAGAAAAACAAUACCGGGAAAAUGUUGAAUAUUUUAUAAACAGUUAUUUGGAGAAAAUUAUUCUUGAUUGUUCCUUAAUCGAACAGCAUGAUGUUAUUGCUCCUAGACUUGAAGAGUGGAAUUGUUAUAAAAAUAGUUUAAUAGAUGUGAUGACAAGCACAGACAUUUUUCCUUAUUUUCAAAAAUGGAUGGAAUCAGAAAAAUUCAAAUUUUCAAUGAAGAUUAAAGAAGAUGUUCUAAUAAAAGUAUAUAACCUUCCUUCAGAAGAACCAAAAGUUCUUUGUAUGGGUAGUAAAAAAUCAAAGAAAAAAGUGUACGAUCAGUGGAUGCUAAAAAAAUUAGAAAACAUGCUUAAUAAUAAUAGAGAUGAAAUCAUCACUGCUGCAAAGGAACACAUUACAUCUAACAAUAUUGAUCUAAAUGAAAAAAUCGAAUGUGAAAAUCUCUUGAACUCAUCUGAUGUUCAAAACACUACAAUAAAUCAAAGAUGUCUGACUCAAAGUACACAUCAAUUCGCUUUUGCUGAUGAUAUUGCUAACUCAUUGGUUAUUGAUAUAUUUUAUCUGAACAAAAAGACUCACAAAAUAAAUCAGAACAUUUUGGGUGAAUUAGCUACCGAUAAGAAUUUCAAAGAAGAGAUUAAGAUGGCAAUUAACGAUUUUCGUACACCUAUAUCAGACAUAACUAAUAAUUUAUUAGUUAUAAUAAAGCGGCAUUUUAAGAAUAUAAAUAUUCCAAAGAAAAUGCUGGAACGCCAACUAAAAUCAUAUUUAUUGAUAGUAAAACCAGAUUCUGGAUUUGCAGUUCAGAUAUGUAAUAGGUAUUCUAAAAAUAUCAAUCAAGGUGUCACAAUAUGCGCUACGAAGUUUUGGCCCAAAAAUGCCAUUUUGAAGUAUUUGAAUGGAUAUACAACAAAAUUAACUAAAGAAGAGUUAGAGUAUUUAAUAAACGCUAAUUUAGAUUUUUCAAUUAUGUCUGGAACAAGUACCUCAGAAAAUCAAAGAAUGUGGCUAGGUCCUGGGUCAUAUGUUAACCACGACUGUGAACCAAAUGCGAAAUUAUAUACAUUAAAAAUGAACGGAGAACUCUGUCUUCAAGCUACAAAGAAUAUACAUGUCGGAGAUGAAAUAACCUGGAAUUACGGAUUAGAAUAUUUCGGGACAGGCGAAUGUGAAUGUAUGACAUGCAAAAAAGAAAACAAAGAUGCAAAAGCUCCAGCUCUUCAAAUUAAGACACCCGCAACUCUAAAGAAUGCAGUUGUCGUACUUGAUCGAUUAUCUAGACAGCAGAUGAAUAAGUCGAAUAAUAGUAUGGAUCGUACAUCGAAUGCAUCGUCAGAAGUAGUAAAUAGUAGCUUCUCAGACUUAUCAAUGAAUACUAUCAACGAAAUUUUAGGAAUAAAUUAGUAAUAUUAUAGUAAAAAAAGUUGUAAAUAAGAUCAUUUUGUAAGCAAAAUAUAUUAUUGUAAUUACAAUGGA